AUCAUCUCUAUGACGGGUCACGUUGUCGGAGGGGGGCUGUUGGUGUGAAAGCACUGAGCUCCCUGCUGACGAGUCAGUCUGCCCGCACUUACAUUAAAUAUUAGUCAAAGAGUUGACGGGAAAGAGAAAGCAGCUGGAGAACAGCCGGUGAGAAGAAAAGCACGCGCUCGGCUGGAUCGUUACGUCGGUACCGAAAUCUAAUCGCACGAGCUGGAUUCGCUCGCGGAGCUCCUCGGCUUCACAGCGCUCCGGAGUCCGCAGACCAAAUGGAGAAUAAAUAGUUGUUGUCAUCAGUUUGGAUCCAUCUGAAGUCAUGGAUGAAAGUUGGAAAAACUGUUUCGAAGAGGAGCUUCUGUGUCCCAUCUGCCUAAAUGUUUUCGAUGAACCCAUCCAGCUGCCAUGCAAGCACAACUUCUGCAAGAGUUGCAUCUCCGAGGCAUGGGCCAAAGACACCGCAGGGGUCCGCUGUCCCGAGUGCAACCACGAGUACGACCAGAAACCAGCGCUGGAGAAGAACUUCAAGCUGGCUAACAUAGUGAAGCAGUUUAACGCGUUGAACUCUGAGAAAGUCCCCACCGUGCUGCACUGUGUCCUCUGCAGACGAGGCCCACCGCUGCCUGUGAGGAAGGUCUGUCUGCGCUGUAAGGAGCCCUGCUGCCAAACGCACAUCCAGACUCACCUGCAGCAGCCAUGUGCCGCUCCGGGACACCUGUUAGUGGACGCUGAGGAGCUGAGCGCUUGGACCUGUCCCAGUCAUGAGGAGUACAGGCUGCUCCACUGUGAGGAGGAGCAGGUGGCUCUGUGUCCGUUCUGCUGCAUCUCUCACUGCACUAACCAAAGACACACAGUCUGCGAUGUGGACACGCAGCGCAUACAAAUGCAGGCCAUGCUAAUGAGGCAGCAGGACAGACUGGAGGGUCGUGUUCAGAACAUCGAUGAGCAGCUAACCAAGCUGGAGUCAGACAAGACGCUGAUGAAGGACGCAGUGUCUGAACUGAAGGAGCGUGUCAGAGCUCAGUAUCAGAGGAUGCAUGCGCUGCUAGAAGCGAACCAGGCCGAAACGGUGCAUAUGUUGGAGAGCACUUUCACUGCAUACGUGAGGAAGAACUCCCAACAGGUCCUGCAGCUCAACGAGAGGCGCCAUGAGGCAGAGAAGCUCCUGAGCUCAGUACAAACGUUAUUCCAAAGAGCGGACAGCGUCAACUUCAUGAAGAACACAAAACCUUACCAGCUGCUAAUGGACCGGUCAAACUCUCAACUGACUAGUGCCAUCCCUCCUCUAAGAGUGGGUCAACUUAACUCUCAUCAUUUACUAUCCGAACUCUCAACAAGGGAAAAGAACCUGCGUAAAGUGUUGGAAGAACCGUUAAAUGAGGCGUCCAUUCUAGAGCUCGUCCCGUCUCACAGCAGUUCUGCCAGCUCCCACAUGGGAACAAGUUCAGGACUCCAGAAGAGGAAAUACAGCAUGGCUUUCCUGGAGAGUAACUCAUCAAACGCCGCCUCCCAGGAUCCGCCACCGUUACUCUACAGCAGCAAGAAACCCUUCCUGACUGAGCAGAGCCAUCGAGUGUCAUCCAUGUACUCCACUGAAGGCCUCCAACAGAAUCCUCACUCCGGCCCUGGACACAGCAGACUCCUUGACUCUUCAGCUCAUCACAUGGUUGGUCUAGGGUCCAGCUCUAGCCACCACUCAGGGACCAUAUUCCCCCCCUCGCAUUUUCCAAGUGGAGCUGCCUCGCAACAAGCCAUGUAUGAAGGCAGGAAAGUACUCAUGUGCACUCUGAAUAACUGCUGCUGCUCCAGGACCCCUGCUGCUGCUCGUGCCCGGCCUCCGUACUCAUCGGCGGACACCUUCCCCUCCAUGACCUCUCAGGAGUUUCCUCCUCAUGCACCGCUACCUGCUAGCCAGCCCCUGCAGCAUUUCCCCAUGAGGGGGCUGAUGGAGGCCUCGCAGACAGCCAGGCAUCCUGACUUCUACGGGCUGUACGGCCAGCCUUCAAACAAGCAUUACGGGACCAAGUAAUAAACCAGAAUCACCAUUUGUUCUGCUACAUUAAAUCAGAAUUCGCAUUAGGAUUUCCAUGAUUGCUUUCCGUUUUAGUCCAGAGGUACAGUAUGUUGUUGAUUCUCCAACGCGCCUGUAUGAUAAUGUUGAUUUGACAUGUAUCUGACCACAUAAACCAUGCUGUUAACCUCCUGAAUCACAGGGACAGACGUAAUGCUCUUAUUUGUAUCUACAUUUAUUUUCUGUUUCAACUCAACUGGAAGUGCUAAUGUGAAUCAUGUAGUCUUAAAUCCAUUCAAGCAGAGAACUAAAGAACCAACAUAUCUUCAUCAUGGGUCCUUGUUGGUGGGACUCCAGAGACUUCAGUGCCUAAACAGACUGUUAACACUCUCUUAUAUUACUUGCAAGUUCCUGGCUCUUGAUUGUUUCCUGUUUGCGGCUGAAAGCAUGCAGGGAGCCUCUCCAUGCACUCCAAAAGUCCACGUGGCUUUAGAAACACACUGGACUACAAGCGCUUGUCAGGUUUUUCAUGAAUUUUUAUACAAGAUUAUGAAUAAACCAAAACCAGUGGAAAAUAAUGAAUAAAACAGCAUAUUAAUUUACCUUUUGUUGUACUUUAAGAAUGGGUUUACACAUUGAAUGUCAUGUUGUGGGUGUGGCUGUUGAAACAUAGACGUAGUCUCAGUGACGUCACCCAUGGGUGUCUGAAGAGGCCCAAUGGUGCCAGUAUGUUGGAGGGAGGAAAGGCGAGCCCUUCUUUUGUCUUUGGCUCAGAUUAUUUUGUACUUUAGGGACGUCAGAGUACCUCUGCCUUUCUACACAGCUCUGCCUUUCACAUGAAAAAUAAAAACGUAUGGAAAGCA